AUGUUAUCCAAAUAUUCAUCAAGAUUUCUCUUAAUCUUUACAACAGUGUUCCUCUAUCAAGUUGUCUUGGUUUUGGCUGUCACUUACAAUGACCUUGUACCUAAAGCCACAGGUUACAAGAUGGGCGCCAAAGUUUACAAUAGAAAUUUGAAAACUCCUGGAACCCCUGGUGUUUCAAAUUGGCAUGUUGCUCAAUGGGAAAAUGCUUACGAACUCAAUGCUUUCAAUAAUCAAUAUUCUGUAGCUAAUCCAAGCUCUCGUGUUGUUUUCACUCCAGGAAAUGAUACUAUUGAGCUAGCCCUGAAUGGUAAUUUGUUAGGUUGUGGUGUGGAAGCCAAUUUAUUUGCUGAACCAACCACUUCCAAUACGUAUGAUACUGCCCCUUUCGUUCCAGCAAUUGAAGGUCCACUUGCCAAUAAUGGAAAGCAAUUAUUACAUACCAUAAAUGUAAGACCCUAUUACAUUCAACAAGUUGCUUCUUCAUGUAUUACUCAAGCUACUUUCAUUACCUCAUUUGUGUUGAAGAAUUAUGAUGCUCCAAGUUUGACACUUUUCUAUCAACUCAAUUUGCAUUAUGCCUCAGUUAGUCCAUCACGUGUUCCAAAUAAGAAUUGGUUUUUCAAUGGAGCUGCCACUAAUACUACAAAUACAUGGGGUUAUGAUGAUGUGAUUGCUUCCUAUGAAUUGACCUAUCCAACUGUGGGACAAACUCUUGUCUUUUCUAAGGAUGUCAAGCCAAGACUUCGUCAAGUUGUUGCUGACACUGCAAAUAAUAUUCCUGCUGCUUAUAAGAAUCCAGAUAGGUGGUACAUUCAAUCUACUUAUUAUGGUCCACAUGUUUGGGGAGGUCUUAUUACAACUUACUUUGCAAGCAAUUUCAGACUGGCUGAAAUGUGGUAA